ACGCGGUUAAAUGUAAACAGUCGCUCUCUUGCAGCGAAUAACGGAGGACCCGCUGUCCCGCUGGUUCCAGGUGGUUCUGCGUGUCCUGUUCCCUCUGAGACGCGCUGUAAGCGGUUAUAUCCCGUCUCUCUUCAAGCCGCUGCGUUACUCGUGUUUCCCUGCUGGUGGGAAGGUGGCGCGUGGAGCCUCAGCCUGCAGUGAGGGGAACAUGCGGCGGACUGAGAUGAUCAGCCGCAUUAAACCGAGAGAAGUCGUGGAAGAAACUCAAGCCGUCGAAGCUGUUUUUAUUUUUUUCAUUCCCUCGUGAAAAUGCCACCAGUCCCGGGUGUCCGUCUGUUACCUGUUUGGUUUGUGAUCAUCACCGUGGCUGAUGAAUCUCUCGGGGAGAUGUACACCUCGAUGAUGAGCGUAAAGCAGGCGAUGUUAUCAGAAAGGCAGCUCAUUGGUUCUUUAAGAACGUACAUUGAUCAUGAAACUCAAAGACUUGAGGACAUUAAAAGGUUCUACUCAAAGGUUUCUGCCUUUCACAAUGGGAUGUACAACGAACUAGCAACUGCCCUUGCUAACCCUCUGGUGGCGUUCACACUCAUCAAGAGACUUCAGUCUGAAUGGCCAAAUUUAGUCUACAGCUAUGAAGCUGAGGAAAACCUCCAAGCCCUGAGGGUUGGCUACAAGCAGCUGGAAAGCAGUUUGCCCAAACUAGAAGACCUCCAAGGAGCGGCACAGGGACUGAUGAGGCUCCAGGAUGUCUACGCCCUUCAAGUGGAGGGACUGGUGAGAGGUCAUUUCCAAAGGGUCUCUAAUGGCAACACAGUUGACAUCUACAAACCACCAGUGUCCACCCCUCUCUCUGGCGAUGACUGCUUUCUUGUUGGAAAGGUGGCCUAUGAUGUGGAAGAUUACUACCACUCUGUGCAAUGGCUGGAAGAGGCAGUGCGGCUGUUCCGAGGCAUGAGCUGGAGCCCGGAACACGAGGGCACUCUGGAAGAUGCCCUAGAUCACUUAGCCUUCUCUCAUUUCAAGGCAGGAAACAUCUCCUCCGCACUCAGUCUCUCUCUGGAAUUGCUGCGUCGUGAUCCCUCAAACAAAAGGGUUCUGCAGAAUGUGGAGAAGUAUGAGAAGCUGCUGGUUGCACGUCCCAGUCUGAGCUCGGGGUCAGUGUUGAAGAGACCCAGUUCCACCUACCUAAGAACCAGGAACGCCUAUGAAAGGCUUUGCCAGACCCAGGGAUCUCAGCCAAAGCUCUAUGAAAACCCCAGCCUGUUUUGCGACUAUUUCACCAAUGGUAGUCCUGGUCUGCUCCUGCAACCCAUGAAACGUGAGCUGGUCAGCCUGCAGCCUUAUGUGGUGCUGUUUCAUGAUUUCGUCACGGCAGCUGAGGCCCAGAACAUCAGGGACUGCGCAUUGCCAGGGCUAAGAAGAUCAGUUGUGGCAUCAGGAGUGAACCAGACCACUGUCGACUACCGCAUCAGCAAGAGUGCAUGGCUGAAGGACUCAGCGCAUCCCACCAUUAUCAAGGUGGACCAACGCAUCACUUUGCUAACAGGCCUGAAUGUGCAGCUUCCCUACGGUGAACAUCUGCAAGUAGUGAACUACGGCAUUGGAGGACAUUACGAACCACAUUUUGAUCAUGCUACAUCUACAUCCAGCCCAUUGUACAGACUCAGUUCUGGAAACCGAAUGGCCACGUUUAUGAUAUACCUCAGCUCUGUAGAAGCUGGAGGAUCCACGGCCUUCAUCUACGCCAACUUCAGUGUCCCUGUAGUGGAGUGGCUAACAAAUGGGUGCACGAGUAUGGGCAGGAGUUUCAGCGCCGCUGCAGUCCUGACCCCGAGGAGUGACGAGAGAUUCUGGGACCGCCAGGAGUACAAGAGCCGGAGUGCACAAUGGAGCAGCGCAGGUCAAAAAGGAGGCGGGGGCCCAGCCAGGAGCUGGCCUACCCGCCUGACUGUACGAGUGAUUUAAUGGCAGCAGCUCCAAGAAAAAGGGUGAGCUGCAUAGACACUGGUGAAGUGAGUGUGAGUGUGCGUAUUUGGCAGUCAGCCACAAAACCAAGCUGGCCCCUUUGCUCGUGCUCUAUAGGCGGUGAGCACACAUCAUUUCUGUUAGCUCCACAAGCCCAGGAUCACGUCCAGAACCAGUUUAUUUUCUCAAAAAGCAGUGCAAGCAUCUCCUCUCCCAUGGAAGACAAAUGCACUGUGCGUAGAACUCCAGGACACUGUUUGAUUGAAUGGGAAAAUACACAUUUAUUUUCGUAUUGACUGCAAUAUUCAUCCAUAAUUGGAAUGAUGUGUUCUUUGGCAUUUGGAAUAAUCAACAGCUGGCAAAAAAUGUUAAUAUCAUGUGUGGUUUUUAUAUUUUACAUGUUUUACAUACAUCCAUAGUCUGACAAACACUGCCAUCUCUUUCAUAUUCCAGCCACGUCAUGCUCCACUUUAAGCCUUAAUUUAGUCAGAAGCUGUUAGAGGAGAAUUCCAGUGAUCUUUCAAAGUGACGUAAUUAUAAAUGAAUGAGAUUUAAACAAAGUCAUUCAGAGCCUGUUUACACUUUGUGUUUGUCUUGCGAUGGACUGGCGACCUGUCCAGGGUGUUUCUUGCUUUCUGCCCAAUGACUGCUGGGAUAGGCACCAACACCCCCAGCAACACCCCCAGAAGCAUUUGCUUAGAUAAUGUGUGUGUGUGUGUGUGUGUGUGUGUGUGUGUGUGUGUGUGUGUGUGUGUGUGUGUGCGUGUGUGUGUGUGUGUGUGUUUUCCAUUUCCAGAUUGUGUCUGGAUAUACUUUGAUCAGAUUCCAUUAACAAUUUUCACUAAAAUGUGUCUCCAGUGUUACCAGAUGAGAUCUAACACAGUCUUUUGUGGACCUUUUCCACUGUAUUGAUACGAGACGACGGAGUUGAAGCCGACUCCUGCUGUAGGGAACUUCAGCCUCCAUUAUCUUUCAGUUCCUUGUUUAUUUUCUCACCUGCUAGUCAGUAUUUGGCAGAUGGGUUUCCACUCAUGGAAUGGAAAAACAAAACACACUGUGUUUACACUCGUGUUAAAUGUGGUCAAGAUCACCUCCGAAUGUGGUUUGAGGGGUCCGAUCGUAAUCCAAUCUCAAUGUGUCCACAGGGUCCACAGCUUUUCGUGCAGUCAAGUGAGAUCCAAAUGUGAUUUGAUCACCAAAAAUGCAUGUUAGUGUGAACAGGCCCUUUUAGUGUAGAGGAACCUUCUGACGUACUCGUUGUUUUACAGUGAUGGUGACAGGGACGAGGGACCACGCUGUGCAACAUAGCAGUGUAGCUGGGCUCUAUGAUGCGUCAUUAUUGUUGCGCAUGCUAGGAGAAAUUAACCCUGUGCAAAUACAAAAAAGAUCGCAGCCACACGUGUGCGAGAGAUCGUCCUGUGUGCGUCUUCAUUCUACUGUCUUGUCCAGAAUUUGUCGUCAGUCACAGUCAGGACGGAAUAUAAAUAUAUUUGUAAACAAAAUUCCUCGCAAUGUACAGAAGGCCUAGAAGUUGUUUUGUUUGGGGCUGUGAUGUCAUACAUAAAGACGGCAAUGAUUUAGAGAUUUUGCAGUUUGCUUGCUGAAAAAAAUAAGUCAGCGCAAAAAACUUUAAGAGCUGACGCACCACCUUCUGUACCUACUCCCUUUACUACCUUUAGCCUAUAUACCAUUUUCAGCCUGUUCAUUUUUAAAGUAGCUGACUAAAAUUACAUGCUAAAUAACACAGAGUCUUAUCGUGAAAUAAUACACUAUUUCCUGUUUUGAAAAGAAUGUCUCCAAAGUGCUGGCGUGGGUUUCUGGUGUGGGCUGGUCCGAGUUCCUUUGCAGUCAAAGACGCAGAAAAAAACUGGUAAUAGCGCCACAUUAAUGUAGAGAAUAAAAUAUGGUCACGACUGGCCCCUCUCAGUCCUGUCCAUGUGUUCAUGUUGUGUUUUGGUUUAGCCCACGUCUUCUUUGUUUUGGUUUUGUAGUCCAGCCCCCUUGUUUAGUGACUCCGCCCCUGAUUGUUCCCACCUGUGUCUUGUGAUCCCUUGUUGGCCCUGUUGUAUUUUGCCCUUUGUCUGAACUGUUGCUGUAUUGUGUUCUCGUUUGAUUCAGUGUUCAUUUGGUCAUGUCUGUCCCUCCUGCUCUCCGUGUUGGAUCUUUGACCCUGGACCGUUGUGACUAUGACCCUGGAUUUGCCCUUAAUAAACAUUGCU